AUGGAAGCGGCGGCGGCGGCCCCGGCCCCGGGCGGAGGCCCCGGUACCCUGCUGCUCUGCCUGACCCUCGCCUCCGGCUUGGCGUUUUUCAGUUGCGUGGGCGCCGACGCCAACGUCACCGCUGGCCACGGCACGGAGGGGCUCACCUGCGGCACGGCCGAGAACUGCACGGGGAACGUGACGCAGCUGAGGCGACAGGGUCACUUCUCCAGGUGCCCGGAGGAGUACAAGCACUACUGCGUCAAAGGGAGAUGCCGCUUCCUCGUGGCCGAGAAGGCUCCGGCUUGCGUGUGCGAACGAGGCUACACGGGGGCUCGCUGCGAGAGGGUGGACAUCUUCUACCUGCGAGGUGACCGGGGCCAGAUCGUGAUCAUCUCCUUGAUCGCCGCCAUCGUCAGCCUCAUCAUCCUUAUCAUUUGCGCCUGCCUCUGCAGUCAGUAA